GCCCCGUCCCCAUUCCCCUUCGAGACCCCCACCAACUUGCGCCCCCAGCUGGGGAGACGCCCCUCGAAACCCGAAGGGAGCGGCCCAUGUCCCAUGUCCCCAUCUCGGGGGUGCAAUCGGCCAGUGGGCCCAGGCCACGCCGCUGGGGCUAUAGGGCUCGCCUCGGCGAUGCUCCGUGCACACGCCCUCCUGGCUCGGCCAGGGAGGCGCGCGCACCGCUCCUCGUGGGGCCCGGGCUCUCGGCCCGGCCUGCGGCCGACGACGCUCACGAAGCAGCUCCCGCGGCACGCGCUUGAGCGGUGGCCGAUGCGGACCGCCGCCGCGGCUCGCCGGGCACUCCUGGCGGCCCGCAGUGCCGCGGCGCGGGGCGCGCGCGCCGCCCCGCGCCGGAGUGCUGCCGGGCGGGCCCAGGCCGGCCUGGAGAUCUCCAGCCUCAACGGGCCGUUCGGGGCCGUCGUUCGGUCCCCGCUGAGCGCUGAGGCGAUCCUCGGCAGCCCGGACGUCCCCGCGGCGCUGGUGCGCGCCUUCUUGGACUUCCGCGGCCUCCUCGUUCUGCGCGGCCUCGGGGCGCUGCUCCCGGAGCAGCUGCUCGCCAUCAGCCGCUUCUUCGGCCAGGCCAGGAGCGUUCCAGGAGGGGCCUCUCACCUUCGCUUUUGUUGA